AACUUUCUCUUAGAAAUUAGGUUAACAGAACCUUAUCGUAAUGAAUAUAUGUACAUAUUAAUGUUAUUUAUAGUUAAUAAAACGAUCUCUACAUAAUAAUGUUAAAGUAAUGACCCACAACUAGUCGAAUUUAUUAGGAAAGCCUCUUCUCACCUCUUCUAUUCUUCAAGCAAACCGAACUAAUACAUAACAUUCUUCUUUACGUGGUGGUUGAAAUAAAAAUUUGUCAUAAAAAUGGUACGAAAACUAAAGUACCACGAACAGAAGUUGCUAAAAAAGGUUGAUUUCAUAUCAUGGGAAGCAGACAACAAUUUGAAAGAAGUAAAAAUUUUAAAACGAUAUCGAAUACAAAAACGAGAAGAUUAUGCAAAGUACAACAAGUUAGCACGUGAAAUUCGAGAACUAGGUAAUAAAAUUAAAGAAGUUGACGCAGGACACCCAUUUCGAGUAGAACAGAGUGCAUUAUUGUUAGAAAAAUUAUACAUGAUGGGCCUUAUAAAGACAAAGUGGGAUCUCGCACUGACACAGUAUGUAAGCGCUGUUUCAUUCUGUAAAAGACGACUCCCAGUUAUCAUGGUACAGAGUAAGAUGAGCCAAAACAUUAAAAUGGCAACACAAUUGGUAGAACAAGGGCAUGUCAGAGUUGGCGCAGAAGUUGUAAAAGAUCCAGCAUUUUUAGUAACUAGAAAUUUAGAAGAUUUUGUAACUUGGGUAGAUACGUCUGCUAUUAAGAAACAUGUAUUGGAAUAUAAUAACGCUAGGGAUGACUUUGAUAUGGCAUAGAUUAAAUGAAUAUAUCAAAUUAUAUUUUUGUAUAUUUUGUGCUGACACCUUUUCUAAUAGAAUUAAAGUUUUAAUAUAGAGACUA